AUGAGUUAACAUACUUUAUAGACUAGUGAAUUUAAAUAUGUUAAUAAUUAUAAUCUCUACAAAAACAGCGUUUUGAUUAUUGGGGCUGGUCCUUGUGGAAUUCUUAGUACUAAAUACAUUUCUCAAAAUAACAAUGUCCUUUGUGUAGAUGGGAAGAAUGAUAUUGGAGGUCUUUGGAAAUUUGAAGAGAUUAAUGAAAAUAAUCAUCCUAAUCUUUAAGCUGAUGCAUUUUAUAACUCUUAUGGAGUCUUACAGAGCUCUCUCUAUGAAGAUUUACAAUCUAAUGAUUGUAAGUCUAUGAUGUGUUUUAAAGGACUUCCUCCUAAUAGAGAAUAUCUAGAAUUUAUGUAUAGCGAUCAAUUCUAUAGCUACCUUUAGUAAUACUCUUAAAAAUUUAAUCUCAAAAAUUACAUGACUUUCAAUACAUUUGUAUAGUCUGUGCGCUUAUCAAAGAACUUAACUUAAGAGGAAAAAUCAUAAUUAAGCUUUAAUUUGACAAAACGUUUUUUAAUAAAACUCGUAGAUUCUGCAGACUACAAUUCUAAUAUAAGGUUUGUUUAAGCUGAUUAAGUUAUUGUCUGCAACGGCCAUUACUCAGUUCCUAACUACCCAAAUAUUGAAAAUUAGUAGAUUUUUAAUGGAGAUUUAAUUCACAUGCAUUAUUUCCGAAAGAGUAAAGUAGAGAAAUAUGCAAACCGUCAUCUAGUUAUUUAUGGAGCUGGUCCUUCUUCAUUAGAUGUAGUUCUGAUUCUCUUGAAAAGAUAAGCUCAAUUUAAACCAUCAAGAAUUACUGUUAUAGGAUAAAAAAAUCAAAUUCAGGCUUAAUAAAAAUCAUCUUGCUAUACCGAAGAAAUGUAAACCUAAAGAUUAGUUUACAAAACUGGUUUCAUUUAAAAAUUCAAUUCACCUAGCUCAAUCUUGCUAGAUAGUGGUGAAAUUAUUGAAAAUGUUGAUAAUAUUUUAUAUGCAACAGGUUAUCAAUAUUCUUUUCCUUUCCUUGAAUGCAACUCACAAAUAGACAAUAUUAUUGAAUUUUAUAAUGAAAGAAAGAAUUCUUUUGGACCUCUUUACAAAAGAAUGUUUGCUGUAAGAGAACCUAACCUAAUAUUUAUAGGUUGUGUUUCAACUGUAUUCUAAUUAUAGAGCUGUCUGGAAAGACAAGCAAUUGUCGCACAAAGAUAUAUCGAUAAUCAUAUAUAGCUCCCAAGCUUUGAAUAAAUGGAGGAAUCUUUUAAGUCUGAUUAUGAGGAAGCAUGUAAAGCCUCUCAUGAUGGAAAAACUUAUUUAAAAACUACAACUGAAGAGAACGGGCUCACAGAUUUCAAGUAUACAAAACAACUUUAGUAGUUAGCAUAGAUCCCUCUUGAUGAAGAUUUUGAGAAAAUAUAUAAGGAAAUCGUCUAUCCCACAUAUAUAUAAUUAUUAUCUAACGGAAAUUAUCCAAAAGUAAAAGACCUUAACUUUGAAUAACUUAUUGGACCUGAUUAUUCACCUGAAGAAGGAAAAUUUUGA